AUGUGUUGCGCCGAUCAUUAUUUUUUAUUCACACGUUAUUACGUGAGCCGCAAUUAUCACCAAAUUAUAGCAUUCUUUUCUUCACAAUCCUUUAUCAUCCACUGCCUCUCCCCCCCCCCUCUCUCUCUCUCUCUCUCUCUCUCUCUCUAUCCUAUUCAUAUCUAUCUAUCUAUCUAUCUAUCAUUCUCCUAUUCAUAUCUGUAUCUAUCUCUUCACAUCUAUCUAUCUAUCUAUCUAUCUAUCUAUCUAUCUCAGUUUCUUCACAUCUAUUUAUCUGUCUAUCUCAGUUUGUUCAUAUCUAUCUAUCUAUCUAUCUAUCUAUCUAUCUAUCUAUCUAUCUAUCUCAGUUUGUUCAUAUCUAUCUAUCUAUCUAACUAUCUAUCUAUCUAUCUAUCUCAGUUUGUUCACAUCUAUCUAUCUAUCUAUCUCAGUUUCUUUUUUCUUUCUUUUAACAUUCCAGAAUUCUUUGUACUGUUCUUUCUCUUAAACUUCAUUAUUUGUUCUAUAUGCCUGAAGCGUUCAUAUCAUUUUCCUUUCUUUCUUUCUUUCUUUCUUUCUUUCUUUCUUUCUUUCUUUCCCUCAAGCAUUUUUCUUUUUUCUUCAUUUUUUCUUUCUCUCUAUCUUUCUUUCAUGCAUUCUUUCUUUCUUACGAGAAUAUUUCUUUCUUUCAAUUAUUUAUCUAUCUCAUUCUUUCAUUCAUUCUUUUUUCAAGCAGUUUCUUUCCUUCAAGAAGUAUUCUUUUUUCUUCUGUUCUUUCUUUCUUUCUCUCUUUCUAUAUUUCUUUCUUUCUUUCUUUUUUUUAUUUUCCAUAUUUCCCUUUCUUUUUUGCUUUUAAUUCACAAUAUUCUUUCUUUCUUUCUUUCUUACUUUCUUUCGUUCGUUCGUUCAUUCUUUUACCCAACUGUCUACACCUUUAUUAUUCUUUCUUUCUUUCUUUCUUUCUUUCUUUCUUUCUUUCUUUCUUUCUUUCUUUCUUUCUUUUAUCAAACUGUCUACACUAUAUUUAUUCUUUCUUUCUUUCUUUCUUUCUUUCUUUCUUUCUUUCUUUCUUUCUUUCUUUUACCCAACUGUCAACAUUAUUAUUAUUGUUUCUUUCUUUCUUUCUUUCUCUCAAUAGCGAUGCCAAAUGUUUUUUCUCUAUUUCACCUUUUCCGUUACAGUCUCUUAUCUCGGCGUAUCAAUAUCAUUCCAACAUUCUUCAAUUUUUGUUCUAUUUGCCUGAAGCGUUCAUAUCAUUUUCCUUUCUUUCUUUCUUUCUUUCUUUCUUUCUUUCUUUUCUUUCCUUCCUUCCUUCACUCCUUCUUUCUCACUUUCUUUCUUUCUUUCUUUCUUUCUUUCUUUCCCUCAAGCAUUUUUCUUUUUUCUUCAUUUUUCUUUCUCUCUAUCUUUCUUUCAUGCAUUCUUUCUUUCUUACGAGAAUAUUUCUUUCUUUCAAUUAUUUAUCAAUCUCUUUCUUUCAUUCAUUCUUUCUUUCACUCAUUUUCUUUCCUUCAAGAAUUUAUCUUUUUUCUUCUGUUCUUUCUUUCUUUCUCUCUUUCUAUCUUUCUUUCUUUCUUUCUUACGAGAAUAUUUCUUUCUUUCAAACAUUUAUUUUUUCUUUCAUUCCUUUUUAUUUAUUUCUUUAUUCCAAGCAUUUUCUUUCCUUCAAGCUUUUCCUUUUCUCUUUUUUUCUUUCUUUCCCUCUUUCUUUUUUUCUUACGAGAAUAUUUCUUUCUUUCAAGCAUUUAUCUUUUUCUUUCUUUCUUUCUUUCUUUCUUUCUUUCUUUCUUUCUUUCUUUUAAGCAUCUUCUGACAUUCAAACAUUUUUCUUCAUUCUUCUUUUCUUUCUUUCUCGCUCUCUCUCUUUCUUUCUUUCUUUCUUAA